AUGUCACUAAAAGAGAGGAAGAGCAUUAAUGAAUGCGAUCUUAAGGGAAAGAAGGUUCUUAUCCGUGUUGACUUUAAUGUUCCUCUGGAUGAUGGUAAUAUUACCAACGACUACCGAAUCCGAUCAGCUCUUCCAGCCGUCCAAAAAGUUCUCACAGAAGGCGGCAGUUGUGUUCUCAUGAGCCACCUCGGGAGGCCGAAAGGCGUUUCUAUGGCUGAAGGCAAAGAACUGCGGAGCACUGGCGGUAUUCCCGGGUUCGAGCAGAAGGCAACACUCAAACCGGUAGCCAAGCGCCUCAGCGAAUUGUUAUCGAGACCCGUCACAUUCGCACCUGACUGCCUGAAUGCUGCAGAUGUCGUCUCUAAGAUGUCUCCGGGCGAUGUUGUUCUGCUUGAAAAUGUACGCUUCUACAAAGAAGAGGGCAGCAAGAGCACUGAGGAACGUGAAGCCAUGGCCAAGAUCCUUGCGUCAUAUGGUGAUGUUUACAUCAGUGAUGCUUUUGGUACAGCUCACCGUGACAGUGCUACCAUGACCGGAAUUCCAAAGAUUUUGGGUCACGGUGCUGCCGGUUAUUUGAUGGAGAAGGAGAUUUCAUACUUCGCUAAGGUACUUGGUAACCCGCCGCGUCCGCUGGUUGCUAUCGUUGGUGGAGCGAAAGUGAGCGACAAGAUCCAACUUCUGGAUAACAUGUUGCAGCGCAUCGAUUAUCUCUUAAUUGGUGGUGCAAUGGCAUACACAUUUCUGAAGGCUCAGGGUUACAGCAUUGGAAUAUCCAUGUGCGAGGAAAGUAAACUUGAAUUUGCUCGAUCCCUGCUGAAGAAGGCGGAGGACCGCAAGGUGCAGGUUAUUCUUCCAAUUGAUCAUGUUUGCCACACGGAAUUCAAAGCUGUGGAUUCUCCAUUGAUAACUGAGGAUCAAAACAUCCCUGAAGGACAUAUGGCUCUGGAUAUUGGUCCCAAGACUAUUGAAAAAUAUGUUCAGACGAUUGGGAAGUGUAAGAGCGCCAUUUGGAACGGUCCCAUGGGUGUAUUUGAAAUGGUUCCUUAUUCCAAAGGUACAUUUGCAAUUGCGAAAGCCAUGGGUCGAGGAACUCACGAGCAUGGACUCAUGAGUAUCAUCGGUGGUGGUGACAGCGCAAGUGCAGCUGAGUUGAGCGGUGAGGCGAAGCGCAUGUCUCAUGUUUCAACUGGUGGUGGUGCGUCUUUGGAACUCCUCGAGGGCAAAACGCUUCCCGGCGUUACAGUAUUGGACGAAAAGGAGUAAUAUUCAUCCUGUUACGGGCCUGUUUUAUGGAAUUGUGUUUUUUAGUCCUUUUUAUUUGUUGGUUAGGUAUUGGUUCGUACGUGACUAUUAUUUUUUUUUUAGGAUAACAUUUAUGUUUUUUCUACUCAUUUUA